AUGGAAGAACAAACAGAAACUUUACCUUGGGAUUAUGAGCGCACUGUUAAGAGUCUGUUACCGCAGUGCUCUAGUCUUUUGGACAUGGGAACUGGCGAAGGUGAAUUUCUCGCUUCUUUAGGUCCGCUACCUGAAGAUACGUGUGCGACUGAAGGUUGGGCUCCAAACAUUGAUAUUGCAAGGAAACGAUUAAAGCCUCUUGGAGUAACCGUUACUGCCAUCACCGAUAAUGAUGUUCGGCUUCCUCUAAAUGACAAUAGAUUUGACUUGAUAAUUAAUCACCACGAACCCUAUAUCGCCUAUGAAGUUAAUCGGCUUCUUAAGAAUGGCGGAUUAUUUCUAACUCAGCAAACUGGUGAAGACGAAAACACUGAGCUGAAUAGACUUUUGGGUGUACCAGAAACUCUUGGAUACCGGGAGUGGCAUUGUGAACAGGCGUGUGUCGAGUUAGCCACUGCCGGAUUAACUAUACUACAAAAGAAAGAGGCAUUCAUAGAGACCAAGUUCUAUGAUGUUGGAGCAAUUGUCCACUAUUUAAAAGCGAAUCCGUGGCAAGUUGAAGAUUUUUCG